AUGGUUACAAAAAGAGGAAGAGGAGGAGGAAGAGGAAGAGGAAGAGGAGGGGGUGUAGUAUCAAGAUCCACUACUACUACUACUACUACAACUACAACUAUAAAUGACAAUACCACUAUAAAAAAGAAGAAACAACAAGAAGAAAUAGUACAACAACAAGAAGAAGAAGAAGAAGAAUUGGAACAAGAAAAUGAUAUCCAACAAUCAUCAGAUGAAGAAGAAGCAAUAGAUUACUUUACAUUUAAAUCAGAUAUAAACAAGACAUCAAAUAAUACUCUAUCUCAAAUUAAAUUGUUGGAUGAUGAACAAAUAACCAGAUUAAUAUCAAAAACAGAGACUACACACAAAAAAGAAAAGAUGAAUCUAUCAAAAUCAAACAAGAACAAAUUUUGUGAGAUGUAUAAUGAUUUAAAGUUUGGUCACAAUGUUUUAGUGUAUGGAUAUGGAAGUAAGAAAUCAUUCUUGGAAUCAUUUGUCACCUCUUUACGAUGUGCAGAUGGUCCAUUUAUACCAAUCUAUGGAUAUCUACCUCAUUUCAAGAUAAAGAGUGUUCUCGAUUGUAUCACCAACACUCUAUUCAAUUGUAAAUCUCCAAACUUUUCUUCUUUUAUGAUGCAAUGUGAAUACAUUAAAAGUUGUUUUGAGGAAAAAAGAAAUUUAGAUCAACUCUAUAAAUAUAAACAACAACAACAACAACAUGGGGAUGAUGGAAAUAAAAAUGACAAUAAUGAACAAGAUGAAUAUGAACAAGAAACAAACAAUGAUGGUACCACUACGGCUACCACUUUUAUACAAUCAACCAACUUUAGUAACUAUAGUUGUUUAUAUUUAGUGGUACACAAUAUAGAUGGUGUAUCACUUCGAAAUAUUAAAGCACAAACAAUAUUAGCAUUUCUUGCAACGAUUCCACAAAUACAUAUUAUUGCAUCGAUCGAUCAUCUCAAUGCACCUAUACUUUGGGAUGUCAACCAUGAGGUACAAUUUAAUUGGAUAAGACAUAGUGUACCUACAUUGGAGCCCUAUUCAAUUGAAUCAAACUACGAAGUAUCACUACUCAAUCACAAAAGUACAAGUGGUGGUCAUAAUUCAUUUAUCAAAUCUAUAUUAAUUGUACUUAGAGCACUUCCACCAAAUUCAAGAAAUGUUUUCCAACUAUUAGUUGAACAUUUUUUAAAGAAUCAUCAAAUAGGAGACAACAAAGAUAAUAACAAAGAUAAUAACAAAGAAAAUAAUAAUAAUAAUAAUAAUAAUAAUAAUAAUAAUAAUAAUAAUAAUACAAUAUCAACAUCAUUAAAACAAAAUCAACAAAGAAUAUCAUUUGACCUUUUCUAUGGACUGGCAUUUGAUCAAUUCUUGGUUUCAUCACACUCAAUGUUGAAAGCAUUGUUAUCAGAGUUUAUCGAUCACAAGAUUAUUAAAAGUACUGUAGAAAGUGGAGAAAAUUAUCUUUCAAUACCAAUAGAUCGCUCAUUUCUUGGUGGAUUAUUAAAAGAGAUUAAAGAUUUAAUUUGA